GCGGGGCUGUACGGGGCUCGAGCCGCCCCUUGGUGGCCCGGGGCGGGGCUUUCGGCGGCCUUCUAGCCCGCCGCAGCGGGCGCCCCACACAAAGGGUCGGGGCAGGGCUGCGGGGGACUUGGGGCACCACUUAAAUCUAUGAGGCCUGAAGGAUGCAAGGAGAACGCAAGAGUCGGAUGAAUCUGCGUACCGAAGUGGGAACGAUGCCAUAGCAGGACGCCCCGUGGUGUCAGAGGGAUGAGGCCAGAGCUGGGAGGCCCAGCAGCUUGAGAACUCACGGGGACUGUGUUGAAAACACUUGUAUCCCGAAAUGGGGACGCCUUUCAGUGCCCCUAAUAUGGAAGAGGUUAUAAGUACACCUCUGUGCCCCGAAGCGAGGAGAUAAUCGUAGUGAGAACACUCCCUACCCUCGAAGUGGGAAGGAGGACCCUGUGGCCUUCCAGAAAAGGGACUGCAGUCAGGAUACCUGUGGGGAGGAAGCUGUAGUUGGCACACCCUGUGAAUCCCGGAAGGAGGCCUCGGACCUAGCCGCCUCUAGCCAGAGGUGGGAGGGGGUUGCAGUGAAGUGCUUCCAAGACCCACCCUGGUCAGGGGCUUAUCCUCUAGGGUCUAGGCAAUUUAGAAGCCGGCCUCUGUAGCAGGAAAGUUGAAGUGAAUGCAUCCCCCAAGUCUCUGAGAAUUGCUGUGAGAUACCCAGCCUCUUUGGCCCCAAGUAGUCCGGGAAGGAGCUGCCGUGAGCUGCACUUUUACCAGCCUCCUUGGGAGGGAGCCUCCGGCACUGAGGAAGGAGGCGGCCCAAUGGGAUAAGGAGAGUGAGUGCUUUCCAUGGAGGGCAGAGGCUGGUGGUGCUAGUUUGCAGCCACGUGAAAGGGUGGGAGGGUCUUAGGAUUUACAGGUUAGUGACGGAGAUGGGCACUAGUACAGUAGGCUUAGCUGCUAGGUUGCAAGUGCGUGGGCUGUUUGUGUGACUGCAGCGUGAGCUUUACAGUAAAAAAAAUCUAAGCGUCCCCGGUAAGGGUAAUCAAGGAUUUUUCAGCGCUUGGAGGUGUAUUCUGAGAACUGCAGGCUCUGUAGGAGAGUUUUUUGGGCCCUAAAACUCUUCUUAGCUCUUGGAUUCCCGGAGAUGACCUAAUGUAAAUUUGGGCAGUUGGCAGGAACCAUUUUGUAUUUUUAAGAUUAGGGUGAUGCUUGUCAAUACAGCCACCUGAAAAGCGUGAUUGCAUCUGAAGGUUUAUUGAAGAGAGAGGCUUGUGAUUGGAGUUAACUUCUGUUACAGCUUAUUGCUCCAGUGGUUUAAAAUGGUGUACUUUUUGUAAAAUGAAGUAUUAGUAACAGAAUUGCCUGGGCCUUGUUACCCAGUUUAUAUUGUUUUUCCUUUCAAAGUGUUUGCAGUUGGAAAAAAAUCUUACAAGUUUGGACAUACAAGGAAAUCUUUUUUUUUUUUUUAAUUAUAAAAGUAUAAUACAAGACUGGUUGUACCUGAUUUUGAAAUUUGGUAGUUUUGAUCAAAUGGAGGAUUUUUGGAUUAAUGGAAAGUAAUGUGUCCAGGCACUCUCCGAGAAUAUGAAACAGGAGUUGGGAACAACUGUUACAGGUGGUUUAAAUAAUUUGAUAGUAAUUUAAUUUUUGAAGAAAAUGAAACUUUUGGUGGUGUUUAUAUGAAAGAGUUAAUGAGGAUGUGCUUAGUAUGUGUUAUUGGGCAGUUUUUUUAAGUGAAACGGAAUACAUUCUAUUAUAUGCUCCAUUAAAUUUUGAUUACUUUGUUCAUGGAUUGUAAUGUAUAAUUUCAGUUUUUCUUACGUUUACAUUUGUUAAGUGAAAAAUAUGAAGCUUUAGAAACCAUUCUGGUAGUUACUUGAAACAUUUUGUUACGUGAUAAUACCAGUGUCUACUUUAGGUUUCUUACACUUUCUUUGACAUGCCGAAUAUUUUGAUGACUACAUAUUGAGAAUUUGGGAGUUGUUGGUACAGUUUUUAGAAGUGAAGCUCAAUAUUUUGGGCCAGUGUGUUCAAGGUGCUAGAACCUAGUGAUACUAUUUGUGUUAUAUUUUGUAACAUCACUUAGCUUAGAUAAAUGUUUUCUUCUGUAAGUGUUUUAGGAAUAACCUGUAAGUGUCAAUAACUGGCUGCACAAAAGAUGCUUUUAGAUAUUGCUCCCUAAAAUGCAGGGACUGUUGAUCAUUUUUAUAUCUCCUGCCUGGCUCACAAGUGCUUAAUAAAUGUUUGUGGAAUAAAUGAAUAUUGUUAAAUGUUUAGGCCAACUAAGCAGAAAAACAAGUUCACCCUUUAUAGGUUUAUCAGAUUUACUACUGCCACCCGUAUACCUUUUGAUUUGCAUGGAGUUUAAUUAAGUUUAAAGCUUAAGUCUUAAAAUCAGUAGUGAGGGUGAAUGUGGUUGACUAGGUAUUGUUGCUUUGAAGAUUAAAUGAAGUAAGAUAAUGAAAAUUUUUGUUGGCAUUUGGGGGGAGUGAAAAGUAAUAUUAAAGUCAGGCAGAAUAAAUGUCUUUUGAUUUGCUUCCUUUUGAGUACUGACUGGAUGUUAAAUGGGAAAAUUGAGUAAUGUAUUAUAAAAAGGAUACAUACAUCUCAUUAGGGUCAGAAAUAAUGUUUUAUUAAGAUGAUCCCAGAAUCUGAAAUGUGAUCCAUUUGGGGGAACGCGGACAAAAUCAAGCGAAUGAAGUUGUGGUUGCUUUGUAAUGCCUACCAUAAUGUGAUUAUACUGCUUAUAGCAUUGUGCCCAUUGUGAUUGAUUCUCUGUUGCUCAUCUCUAAGGUGAACAUUUGAGUGGUUGUUAGUUUUUUGUUUCUUUUGGAUCAGAAGAACCUAGUUCUGCUGUACCCUGGUUCUUGUUGCUUAAAGACUGAUCACUGUACAAAGUUAAAAAAUUCACUUUUGGAUAUUUGUUAACCAGAUGAAGAGUGGAAAUGGUCAAGUUCUGGUCUGUGCCUUGACUUCUUGAUAGAGGAUUGUUGUCAGACAUUUUAUUCUGAAAUUCCAAGUGAUUGGAACGGCUGUUAAUGUCUGUCUAUCUUGUCGUAACAAUAUACUAAAUUAUUUAAUUUUGUAGCAGGUAUUUAUAAAUAGUGUGUGUGUCUGGUAUUUGUAAAGCUAAAGCAAAGCCACUGUGUUAGGACUAAUUUCUAACAUAAAAUGGAAAAUACACUAAAGCAAACUUCUUGUUUUAGAUCUUUUGAAGCAUUUGAAGCGGGUUUAAUGACAAAUCAGGCGUAUUUUCUCCUUUCCUACCCUUAUGCUGUAUGUAUAGGUGAAACAUGUAUUUUAGAUGUUUUGUUGCUUAGAAUUCGGUGUUAAUCCUUUCAAAACUCACCUAAGCUUGAGGUGAGUGGAGUGGAUUUUUUUUGUUUUGCGAUCGUGCGUUCAUUUGCUAGCUGGCAUUUAGAACACAGGAUUGAGUUGGUUCCUAGAAAACAAUGAUGCCUCUGUUAAAUUGUUGUGCUUUUUACAAAAUGAAGCAUUGAAAACCAAAGAAUAAAAAUAAAUCAUAAAAGUACUUCAAUUUUCAGUUUCCAUUUGAAGGAAAUAGUAUGACGCCAAGGGUUGUGAAGUUCUGUCUUCUAGCUUUGACUUUCUAUAUAAUUUUCCUUGGUAUGGGGUGGGAUGGGGCUUCUCUUUGCUGAAAUAGAAGAGAAUCACAGGUUUCCAUGUUGAUUGAUGUUGUAUUUUUAAUUGAACACGUAACACUUAAAAUAAUCAUUUGCUAGAUACAACUGAGCAUUGUAACCUUACCUUGUCAAUGAAAAGUUCCCUCCUUGUUUAAGUAAUUUCUGGCAGCCCUUUAGAGAUUUUUUAAAGUGAGUUCCCUUUGGGCUUAACUGACUGAUUCAGAACUUGUUCUUCUCCAAAUGGACAAGGGUCUAUCUUCUUGGGUCUGAUAGGGAAGAGGCUAAGGAACCUGUCCCUUAACUUCCAGGGCACAUGUCCUGGCCCUGUGCCAGACCUUUUGGAUUGGAAUCUCCACUGGGAGAUCAAAUGUUUAUCACACGUGCUUAAGUAAAAAAUUACCCUGGUUCUAUAGUUCACAGAGCCAAAUCUAUAAAUUUAGAAAUGAAUGUUGCCGUAAUUCAUGAUCUUCCACGUUUAGCAAACUCUUUACUGGAAGUAAGCUUUUUUUUUCCUGUUUCAAAUUUCAUUUUGUGAUCCAUUGGAUAAACUACUAGUUGUGGCUUUUAAAUGAAGAGUUUUUAAACUCUUCAGACUUAAUUAGUAAGGAUACACUUGUACAACACAUAAAAGAUUAAUACAGUACUCUGGGCGUUUAAAAGCAUUGUUCGUUACAUUUGGGUGGUUUUUUUGUGGCAAAACAAUUUCACUGUUUAGUAAUUUGAGUAGUUGACUAGAUUUUUAGCUUGUCCCUUAGAAAGGUUUGGAGUACUUAGAAUUUCAGAAGUAUGUUACUUUUUGGUGAUGAAUUAAGCUCACUGGUGGUCUUUUGAUUUUGAAAGAUAUUAAUUAAAAAUGAGCAUUGUUCUGAUAAGUAGUCUUCUAUUGAUAAUUCUAUUAACAAUGGCCAUUUUUUUCUACUGUGUUUCUCUGAGUUAAAAAAUGACCUUUUGAAUAGAGUUGUCUUGUCGUUUGGUCAUAUAUUGCUUGUGUUUUGUUCAUAACAUCAUUAGUUUGGAAGAAAUUCCAGUAAAAAAUGAGCGACCUGUAUUUAUUUUGAGAAAAUAACUUUUAAUAUACUAGACAUUUUUAGGGAUUUUUUUUUUAAACACAAGUGUCUUGGAACUAUUUUGAUGUUAGAGGAAGAAGUGCUUUUCCUUAAUGUUUUGAACCCCAGUGGUUUAACUACGAAUUGGCCCUUAUAGUGAGAAGUUUCACUUCGUGUAUGUUUUGUGUGUUUGAUGCUGUUUUGGUGCAAAAGAAAGUUGAAAGUAAUUGCAGUAAUUUCCAUGAGUACCCUUAAAUUGAUGACUUAAUUUGUCCAGGAACUGUUAUUAUGUGAACAUGUACUUUUUCAUCAAAAGUUUAGUGGGAACCUGGGGCAAUAGGCAGCGUUUGGACUUGUGUUACGGAGUUUUCUGGACUUCUUCAUGACACUCUUUUUAUUAGACCCAACUGGUUUGAUCAUCAAAUGAUAAAAGCAAUUACCAGCUGUGAAGCUGAGCUUUAUGACUGCUUUGAAUUCAUUUUGGGCUAAUUUUGACACAUUCUUGAUAUAUGUAAAAUAUAUGAUGUUUUGAGAGAGACUCAAAUUUGAAAUCAAUACCAAGUAAUAAUCAUGUGUGGGAUUUUGGUACAUAUCGUUCCCCUUCUCCCCCUCCUUGGUAUGCAUUCUAAUGAAGUACUCUGGUGGUUUCAGACUCGCCUUCUUAAUGUACAGUUCAGUGUGGCCUGUGAGUGUUGUUUUGUGUUUCCUGCAUUGAUUUUUGCCUCCGUUUAUUCUCUAUUGCAGUCUAAAAGUUGGUUUUAAUUGGUUGCCCACAGGAUUGACUUGGCCUCUACUUCUUGUUAAGAAAAUACAUCCCUUGUUUUAUCAGGUGUGUGUGGUUUCAGCGCAGCAUGGCUGUGGUCAUCCGUUUGCAAGGUCUCCCGAUUGUGGCGGGGACCAUGGACAUUCGCCACUUCUUCUCUGGAUUGACCAUCCCUGAUGGGGGCGUGCAUAUUGUAGGGGGUGAACUGGGUGAGGCUUUCAUCGUUUUUGCCACUGAUGAAGAUGCAAGGCUUGGUAUGAUGCGCACAGGUGGUACAAUUAAAGGGUCAAAAGUAACACUAUUGUUGAGUAGUAAAACGGAAAUGCAGAAUAUGAUUGAACUGAGCCGUAGACGUUUUGAAACUGCCAACUUAGAUAUGCCACCAGCAAAUGCUAGUAGAUCAGGACCGCCACCUAGCUCAGGAAUGAGUGGCAGGGUAAACUUGCCUACAACAGUACCCAACUUUAAUAAUCCUUCACCCACUGUAGUUACUGCCGCCACUUCUGUUCACGAAAGCAGCAAAAACAUACAGACAUUUUCCACAGCCAGCAUAGGAACAGCCCCUCCAAAUAUGGGGGGUUCUUUUGGGAGCCCAACAUUUAGCUCGACCAUUCCGAGCACAGCCUCUCCAAUGAACACAGUCCCACCACCACCAAUUCCUCCAAUCCCAGCGAUACCGUCUUUGCCACCGAUGCCAUCCAUUCCCCCAAUACCAGUUCCUCCUCCAGUACCUACGUUACCUCCCGUGCCUCCUGUUCCCCCAAUCCCCCCAGUCCCUUCUGUGCCUCCCAUGACCACACUGCCACCCAUAUCAGGCAUGCCACCCUUGAACCCGCCACCUGUGGCACCUCUACCUGCUGGAAUGAAUGGCUCUGGAGCACCUAUGAAUCUGAACAGUAACCUGAACCCUGUGUUUCUGGGUCCUUUGAAUCCUGUUAAUCCUAUCCAGAUGAACUCUCAAAACAGUGUGAAGCCACUUGCCAUCAACCCUGAUGAUCUGUAUGUCAGUGUGCAUGGAAUGCCCUUUUCUGCAAUGGAAAAUGAUGUCAGAGAUUUUUUCCAUGGGCUCCGUGUUGAUGCAGUACAUUUGUUGAAAGAUCAUGUAGGUCGAAAUAAUGGGAAUGGAUUGGUUAAAUUUCUUUCCCCUCAAGAUACAUUUGAAGCUUUGAAAAGAAACAGAAUGCUGAUGAUUCAACGCUAUGUGGAAGUUAGCCCUGCCACAGAGAGACAGUGGGUAGCUGCUGGAGGCCAUAUCACUUUUAAGCAAAGUAUGGGACCUCCUGGACAAACCCAUCCCCCUCCUCAGACACUUCCUAGAUCAAAAUCGCCCAGUGGGCAGAAAAGAUCAAGGUCAAGAUCACCACAGGAGGCUGGCUUUUGUGUUUACUUGAAAGGGCUACCAUUUGAAGCAGAAAACAAACAUGUCAUCGAUUUUUUUAAAAAGUUAGAUAUUGUGGAAGAUAGUAUUUAUAUAGCUUAUGGACCCAAUGGGAAAGCAACUGGCGAAGGCUUCGUAGAGUUCAGGAAUGAGGCUGACUAUAAGGCUGCUCUUUGUCGCCAUAAACAAUACAUGGGCAAUCGCUUUAUUCAAGUUCACCCAAUUACUAAAAAAGGUAUGCUAGAAAAGAUAGAUAUGAUUAGAAAAAGACUGCAGAACUUCAGCUACGACCAGAGGGAAAUAAUGUUAAAUCCGGAGGGGGAUGUCAGCUCUGCCAAAGUCUGUGCCCACAUAACAAAUAUUCCAUUCAGCAUUACCAAGUUGGAUGUUCUUCAGUUCCUGGAGGGAAUCCCAGUGGAUGAAAAUGCUGUACAUGUUCUUGUUGAUAACAAUGGGCAAGGUCUAGGACAGGCAUUGGUUCAGUUUAAGAAUGAAGAUGAUGCACGUAAGUCUGAACGCUUACACCGUAAAAAGCUUAAUGGGAGAGAAGCUUUUGUCCAUGUAGUUACUCUAGAAGACAUGAGAGAGAUUGAAAAAAAUCCCCCUGCCCAAGGAAAAAAGGGAUUAAAGAUUCCUGUACCAGGCAAUCCUCCAGUUCCAGGAAUGCCUGGUGCUGGAAUGCCCGGUGCUGGAAUGCCCGGUGCAGGAAUGCCUGGUGCUGGAAUGCCCGGUGCAGGAAUGCCUGGCUCAGGAGUGCCCGGCACUGGAAUGCCCAGCACUGGAAUGCCUGGUGCGGGAAUGCCCGGUGCGGGAAUGCCUGGCGCCGGAAUGCCCGGUGCGGGAAUGCCUGGUGUAGGAAUGCCCGGUGCAGGAGGUGAAGAGCAUGCUUUCCUGACUGUAGGAUCAAAGGAGGCCAACAAUGGGCCCCCAUUUAAUUUUCCUGGUAAUUUUGGUGGGUCUAACGCCUUUGGGCCACCACUCCCUCCUCCAGGAUUAGGAGGGGCCUUUGGUGAUGCUAGGCCUGGUAUGCCUUCAGUCGGAAACAGUGGUUUGCCUGGUUUAGGACUGGAUGUUCCAGGUUUUGCAAGUGGACCAAAUAACUUAAGUGGGCCAUCAGGAUUUGGAGCGGGCCCUCAGAAUUUUGGAAAUGGCCCUGGUAGUUUAGGUGGCCCCCCUAACUUUGGAAGUGGCCCUCCUGGUCUUGGAAAUGCCCCUGGACACAUGAGUGGGCCGCCAGCCUUUGGGCCUGGGCCUGGGCCUGGACCAAUCCACAUUGGGGGUCCCCCUGGCUUUGGAUCUAGUUCUGGAAAACCAGGACCAACAGUCAUUAAAGUGCAGAACAUGCCCUUCACUGUGUCUAUUGAUGAGAUUUUAGAUUUCUUUUACGGCUAUCAAGUAAUCCCAGGCUCAGUGUGUUUAAAAUACAAUGAAAAAGGUAUGCCCACAGGUGAAGCCAUGGUGGCCUUUGAGUCUCGGGAUGAAGCCACAGCUGCUGUCAUUGAUUUAAAUGACAGGCCUAUAGGGUCAAGGAAAGUAAAACUUAUAUUAGGAUAGCUGUUCAUAUCAAUUCUUUGUAGGGUAGAUCUUCAUAGUGCUGUGAUUAAUGCAUCAAGAUUGUUUUCCUAGUAUUUCCAGGUUAGAAGCUGUGGAUUGUUUGAAUUGCAGAUAGCUUGGUUUUUCCAUAAUAUACAGCACUGGUUGACUGUUUACAGAAGACUCUUUACCAGGAUAAACAUUGCUGUAUGUUACAGUAGAGCUCUCUGGAGAGAACAGAAAAAUGAUUUCGGCAUACCAUUAGAGAAACUGUUUGUAAAACUCAAAUGACCGCAUAAAGCUUAUCAAGGAGUCUAGAUUGGUUUUGUUUUAUACCACACGGGAUGAAGAAAA